GGAGAGGGCUUCGAGUUGACUCAUUCAAACGAGGAAUCCUGACAGGGUGGUACAAGCAUUAGUAUUGCAAAAUGAGAGAAAUAGUGCACAUUCAGGCCGGCCAGUGCGGCAACCAGAUUGGGGCCAAAUUCUGGGAGAUCAUCAGCGAUGAGCAUGGCAUCGACCCAACAGGCACUUACCGCGGUGACCAUGACCUGCAGCUUGAACGCAUCAACGUUUACUACAAUGAAGCGACCGGUGGCAAAUAUGUCCCACGUGCCAUCCUUGUGGACCUGGAGCCCGGUACGAUGGACUCCGUCCGAUCCGGACCCUUCGGCCAGCUCUUCAGGCCAGACAACUUCGUGUUCGGUCAGAGCGGAGCCGGCAACAACUGGGCCAAGGGGCACUACACAGAGGGCGCUGAGCUCGUGGACUCCGUCUUGGACGUAGUCCGAAAGGAGUCCGAAGGAUGCGACUGCCUGCAAGGCUUCCAGCUCACACACUCCCUCGGGGGCGGCACUGGCUCUGGCAUGGGCACGCUGCUAAUCUCCAAGAUUCGUGAAGAAUACCCUGACCGUAUUAUGAACACAUUCUCAGUUGUGCCUAGCCCUAAGGUAUCCGACACCGUAGUAGAGCCCUACAACGCCACCCUGUCAGUCCAUCAGCUCGUAGAAAACACAGACGAAACUUACUGCAUCGAUAACGAAGCGCUUUACGACAUUUGCUUUAGGACACUUAAGCUUUCAACUCCCACCUACGGCGACCUGAAUCAUCUAGUUUCCCUUACAAUGUCUGGUGUCACCACCUGCCUGCGCUUCCCUGGACAACUGAAUGCUGAUCUCCGCAAGCUGGCCGUGAACAUGGUGCCCUUCCCUCGACUUCACUUCUUCAUGCCCGGUUUCGCUCCCCUCACUUCCCGCGGCUCCCAGAUGUACCGCGCACUCACCGUGCCUGAGCUCACCCAGCAGAUGUUCGAUGCCAAGAACAUGAUGGCCGCCUGCGACCCCCGCCACGGCCGCUACCUCACUGUCGCUGCAGUGUUCCGAGGCCGCAUGUCCAUGAAGGAAGUCGACGAACAGAUGUUGAACAUCCAGAACAAGAACUCCUCCUACUUCGUGGAAUGGAUUCCCAACAACGUGAAGACUGCCGUGUGCGACAUUCCUCCCAGAGGAAUCAAGAUGGCCGCUACCUUCAUCGGCAACUCCACCGCCAUCCAGGAAUUGUUCCGCCGUAUCUCAGAACAGUUCACCGCUAUGUUCCGUCGAAAGGCUUUCCUCCAUUGGUACACUGGCGAGGGCAUGGACGAGAUGGAGUUCACCGAGGCCGAGUCCAACAUGAACGAUCUGGUGUCCGAGUACCAGCAGUACCAGGACGCCACCGCCGAGGAAGAGUACGAGGAUGAGGAGGAGCAUGCUGAGGAGGCCUAAAACGCCUUCGGCUCGGCUCCUGUGGUCACGACAGAGGACUUACUGGGCGUCCCCUUCAAAGACACUGUUGGUAUUCUCAUGCUUCGUACCUGCUUGUGUAGGAAUGUCGACAUGAACAACAAAAACAAGAUCUCAAAAGCCAAGGAGUCGCGUACUCACUUGCCUCUAGGUUGCUACAUUUUUCCUUUCCCCUAAGAUCAUUUCUUUACUUCAUGGGUUUAACUUAUUUUUGUUUUAUCAUUAGAUUUUUUCGUUUCACAACAAAUUUAAGUAAAUUUGUUGUUUAUGGAGAACAAAAAUUAGAGAUAUAACGCACUCAAAUUAGUGUAAAUUUUCGAGAGGAGCAAAGUGGAAGAUUAUUCCAUGACACAACGUGCUAAUACACUGCCAAUUGACUCGUGACUGAUGGUGUCUUUCACUUGCUUCACUCACACGACCUUGGUCCAGAACAGAGGCAUUAAAACUUCACCGCCAUGUUCUUGAGUUUACCUCAGCUGGCCGUAACCCCUCUAAUUAACGUCAUUAUUCAAAUUAGCGCCAAGGAAGAAAUUAUUAUUGGAUUUUCAACAGUAAGGGACACACGUCUAUUAAGCUGAAAGUAUUAGUAACUAAUUCAUUUUAUCUUUCACUUGUGAUGGACUAAUGAUGUAAUUAUACUGAAACUACAAUUUGCUGCAUUAAUAUUAAAACUUGUGGCAUUUAAAUCGCAGUAUUAACGGUAAAUUACCCAACCCUUUUUCAAAGUUUCGUAAUCCUAUCUCAGCUUUCGGCAAUUGGUGUUUAAAGCGUAAUUUCACUGUGUAUUUUACAUAAUUUAUGUAUUUCAUUAAGGCAAGUGAAGAUCAUCCGACUCAUAAUUUUAAACCCAAGACAUUAAAAAAAACUUGCGUCCCACAUCGUUCUUCUGCCCUUACUAAUCCACCUUUCGAGGGACAUUACAUGCCAUUACUUCUAUCUUGGUCCUAUGAUCAUUUUUAUUUCUAUUUUCUAUUUCCAGUCAUUUCAUUUUUGUAGAAUAAGUAGAAGGACAGUAUUUUCAUCUUGAUUUCACCACUGCAGCUGUAUCUUUAAUAAAGAUAUUUGUAUGGUA